CCAAUAGAAGAGGUUUGACUAGCAGGAGAAUAUAAGUGCAGGUUUGGUUUAAUCAGCAAAUCAGACAGCUUAAAUAUCAAUCACAUCAAGUAUAAGUGCAGAUUAUUAGUGUGUACAGGACAGCAUCUUUUUCCAAAAUGUUGCAACUUAUUCUGAUUCUCUCUGGAGUUUAUACAGUGGGCAUGACCAUGCCUUUACCUGAUUUCUACUCUUACUCCCUGGCUGUUGGGGAUGGCAGUGGGACAGAAUAUUCUACUGCACAUGCAGGUCGCAUCACUGAUAUCAGAGUCUGGGAAUACAGUAGCGCAUACAUUAGUGGAUUCCAGCUGAGUUAUGAUGGUAAUUGGACAACACUGGUUUGUGCAAGCUAUGGCUCUCCAAUGGAGAUGAAACUUCAUGAUGAUGAAUCCAUUGUUCAGGUGUCUGGAAAGUAUGACAGUGGCUACAUCUUCGAGCUAAUGUUUGUCACUAAUAAAGGCCGCUCUUUAAAAGUGGGGCAGCCUUCUGGGAUCUCAUUUAACUUCUACCCAAACCAUGAUGGAAGUGAGCUACGUUUUCUCAGUGGUCGACAGAAUGGAUAUGGCAUCACCUCCAUUGGGGCUCACUGGGCUGUCUACUAACACCAUUGCCAACAGUGCAACACCUUAAGACCAUAUUAGCUUAGUUCAACCCCCUUUUCCUUCUUUUGCCAGCAUUAAAGAAACAACUUUACAUGUAAUCUUUGUAUCUGUGUCCGUUUUUUUUUUUUUUUUAUUAUUAUUAUUUUAUUUGUUACU